AUGGCACAACCAUACGCCUCUACGACGAUGGCGUGGCGCGCGUCGCCUGGCACACGAAAGCUCACCGCAGAGGAGAUGCUCCAUCGCAUGGCCAUCGCCCCUCCCCACAUCGGCUUCUCCGCCUCCCCUCUCCUCUCCCUCCCCACCACGGUCUUCGUCCAAAUCCUCAGCCACCUCCCACCCGAGUCCGUCGCGGCGCUGACGCUGGCUUGCCGCGCGCUCUACGCCUCCACCCUCCGCCAGGUACCGAGAGACGUGCAAGAGCCGUGGAUCCGGCUGUACGCAACGCCUGGCGAAAGUAGCAAUAGCAGUGGUAUCAUCCCAUUGUCGGAAUUCGCGCGCGACGACACGAUCAAGCUGCAUUACAGCAUGGAGGUGCACCAAACGCUUGAAGCACGUAUCGUCAACGGCGAACUCCUUCUGUCCGGCUGCUACCGCUUUCGGGGUUGGGAGUAUCCUAAUGCCAUUGGACCAUUCUGCGCCGCUGGCAAGUACGGGUCUGGCGUGACGGAGGAGCUCGAGCGGCGCAGGUGGCGUAUCUGCCCGCAUCAGCGUGUCUGCGCGGGGUUGCGGAUUGCGAAGUCGGACCACGGGCAGGCUGGCAGCCACCUCGAGACGCUGGAGAAGUCGCUACUGAAAAACCUGCCACGCAUGGGGGUGGUCGGCAAGCAGAAGUGGCACCUGGGUUGGAGCUGCUGCGAGUUCUGCUACACAGACUAUGCCGUGAUGCUGUCUAAUAUCGACCCGCUCAACCUCAGAGAAGGGACACAACUGGGCAUCUGGUUUUAUCGGAAUCUGGGCUCCUUCCGCGCGCCUGACGAUUCGAAAUGGCGAGCUGCGGCCGAUGUGUUCGACUCGCGGGUGCAUACUGGAUUUGGCAAGUCUACCAAGAAGUUGAGGGAUGCCGACGGAUUGUGCGAUGUUUUCCUCUCAUAUGACGAAGCGCUGCAGGCUGAAAAGCGAAUCUCGAAGAAAAAAGCCGAAGAGGCUACCGCACUGAGAGGCACGGCUAUUGCAAGCUCAAAGAGGGACUUAGAGAAUAAGAGAGAGAAAGAAAUAGACCAAGAAGCGAGUGGGGCGAAUAUGCCCCCCAAUCGUGCCAGAAACAGGUUCGGAAGUGUGCUGCGGUAUGUCGAGAAGAAGUUAAGGACUUGA